AGUGAAAAAAAAAAAAAACAAGAAAACAAAAAACAAUAAAAAGAAGUGUUUCAACAAAGUCAAAACUUAUUCAACGAUAUGAGUGAAUCAGUGAUUAUAUCAAACUUUUUUCUUCGGUAGAAUAACAACUGUAAUACAUUAAUAUGAGGAAAGUGUUACGUUCGUUUACUUCUUAACCUAAUUGAAAUUUUGGCGUGUUAUGAAAAGAGGGAUGGAAAGAAAUCGAGAGAAGAAGCAGAAGGCAUGCGAAGAGGAAGAAGAGGAACGAAAACGUACGAUAUCGAGAUGUCCUCCUUAAUCGUUCAAGAAAUAUCGACGUGUUUCGAGUGAAUUGUUUUUUUUUCGGGAAGAUCACCGAUCUUUCAUCACCGCACCAUUCAUCACCAUCAACAUUACUACCACCAUAAAAAAAUUAAAUAAAUAAAAAAAGGAACAAGAAAAGACAAGAACGGAAAAUCGUUAUCAUUUUUUUUUCAAUUCUCGUCGAAAGAAUUCAAUUCUCAUCGUCUUAGAAGAGGUCGAUGAACUCUCAAAAAAUACUUUCACUAUCUUUCUUUUUUAUCAACGAAACUCUACUAAACGAUUAAAUAUCGAAGUUUAAGAAUACCUUUCAUUCAGGAGACAACGAUAAUAUAGAAACUUAUUUUAUCAAAGACUGCCAUGAUUUAGAAAAUGUAGUAAGAGAUAGAAUCACUCAUAGUGAGAAGUUAUGCGAGUUCUGUGUUUCGAUAAGAAGAAAAUCUUUAAGAGACUUUACGUGGAAUCAACGAACAAGAGUGCUGUGGAUGAAAGGCUAGGAUGAAAUGAUACAAGUAGUUUGUUUGAAGAAAGAGGACCGGAGGAUACAAAAAUCCUUUGACUAUAGUUUUGAAAUAAAGGAGUCGGACGAUGUGUUCUGGCUCGAGCGUCGCCGUAAGGAGACUCAUUUACAGGAAUAGAAAGAAAUGAAGUUAUCAGUGUCGGCUUACAGAGCUCAGGCCAGUGCUCAUAAAAAAAUUCUUUCGAAUUAUCAACAACAACUUAGUUACGGUGCUACCAAUCAAGCAUCCUCGAGCCGGACCCCUUCGGACCCCGCUGCGGUCCUGUCUGGCCUCAAGGUGGAUCGUGCGGAGAAGAAGGAGGGCCAGGGAGUGGGAGAUCCGACAGCAUCUUUGGCUGGUUGCAGCGGUGCUUCCGGUUCGAGGAUGGGCCCAGGGCCCGAUUCCGGUAGCAGCGCUCCUUCUUCGGUUCCCCAAUCUCUGGCUACGUCACGUGAUGAAGAAGACGAUGAAGAUAAGGAGAGUAAUGGUAGCCGAACAAAUAGUCACGUUGGACCGCGAUCAUUGGGCUUCUACGAUCGAGAUGCGUCACUCAGCGAACAUGGAUCCUUCGAGAAGGAGAUAACGAGUCUUCGUGGUACCUCGACGACCUCGGAAUCUUUGGACAGCACUGGCCUCGAUACGGAAAUACCAGCUGCUGCAAGAAGAUCUCGUAGUACGAGGGGUUCGCAAAAGUGGAGUAACGUACGCGCCGUCAUGGCGCUAUAUUCUUCCCUUCGCAAAAUAAAGAGAACAAAGAGUAAUCAACGUUGGAUGAAAUUACGAACAACGGUACAGCUAUCAUCCGCGAUAUCAACAAUCCAAAAGAAGCCGCCAUUAAAACGAGAAGAUUCCUUCUUGAAGAGAUUUUCAACGCGUCAAAUACCAGAAAGUCAAGAGACGGUAGAUACCGGCGAAGGUGAAGGUGACGCGACUGACGAAAAAGAUUCGAGUGGACGACGAAGAAGACGACCUAGAAGGACACAGAAAGCACCAAAAACGGUGGUCAAUCCCGACGAAAAUUUUUAUUACUAUUGGCUGAUGUUACUCUCAUCUUGUGUCCUUUAUAAUCUUUGGACACUUAUAGUCAGACAAAGUUUACCAGAAUUACAAGCAUUGGCACCGGCUGCUUGGCUUGCCUGCGACGGCUUUACGGAUGUAGUAUUUUUCUUAGACGUUGCUGUACAAUUUCGUACAGGUUAUCUCGAACAAGGACUGAUGGUCUACAACAGCAAAAAAUUAGCUGGACAUUAUCUCAAAUCUAAAUGCUUUGUACUCGACCUGUUAGCACUAUUACCACUUGAUCUAUUACAGGUCAAUCUCGGUAGCAAUCCAAUGUUAAGGUUUCCAAGGUUCCUCAAGAUCUAUCGCGUGUAUAAUUAUUAUUACAUGGUCGAGUCACGUACAGUUUAUCCAAAUUUAUGGCGUGUACUCAAUCUCAUUCAUAUAUUAUUAAUACUCGCACAUUGGUUCGGCUGUUUCUACUAUCUCCUAAGCGAAGCCGAAGGAUUCCAAGGUGACUGGGUCUACCCAUACAGACCGGGUGAAUAUGCGACCUUGACCAGGAAAUACCUAGGAUCUCUCUAUUGGUCUACUCUAACUCUGACGACGAUCGGCGAUCUACCCACACCGGAAACCAACGCCGAAGUCCUAGCGGGCGGCAAUCCCCGGAGCCUCGCUCGUCGCGGCCGACUGUCCCGACUUCUGCAGUUCAAGCAUAACGGAGGGUAUGUCUUCACGAUAGUCAGCUACCUGAUCGGCGUCUUCAUAUUCGCAACGAUCGUCGGACAGGUUGGAAACGUGAUCACCAACAGGAACGCUAAUCGAUUGGAGUUCGAGAGACUGCUUGAUGGCGCGAAGACUUAUAUGAGGCAUCACAAAGUGCCUGGUGGAAUGAAAAGGAGGGUUCUCAGGUGGUACGACUACAGCUGGUCACGUGGUAGAAUUCAAGGUGGUGGUGAUAUCAACACUGCUUUGGGUCUACUUCCUGAUAAACUCAAGACAGAACUCGCUUUACACGUCAAUCUUGCUGUACUUAAGAAGGUUACCAUUUUUCAGGAAUGUCAACCAGAAUUUUUGCACGACCUCGUAUUAAAAAUGAAAGCCUACAUCUUCACACCCGGUGACUCUAUAUGCCGUAAGGGUGAAGUAGCUAGAGAAAUGUUCAUAAUAGCAGACGGCAUACUCGAGGUAAUCAGCGAAACUGGAAGAGUUCUUACAACGAUGAAAGCUGGUGACUUUUUUGGUGAAAUUGGCAUACUCAAUCUCGACGGAUUAAAUAAACGAACAGCAGACGUCCGAUCGGUUGGGUAUUCCGAAUUAUUUAGUCUCUCACGCGAGGAUGUACUCGCAGCGAUGAAGGAUUAUCCAGAAGCUCAAGAAAUUUUACAAAAUCUCGGGAAAAAACGAUUGAUGGAAGCACAAAGAGUAGCACGUGCAUCUAGGCAGCCAACAUCACCUGGACACGACUCGUCGGACAACAGUACCGGUAAAAGAAUCGUGGACAAGUUAAAAAGCGAUGUGAAAGGUUGGAAGAACGUUCUAAGAAAAAGUAGACGUAACACUAGACCAGAAGAGAGUCUAGAAUUGCAACCGUUGACAUCAAAAGCACCGUCCAGUUCAACGAAGAGACAACGACACAAGGUAGAAGGUGUACAAGAUACCGCAACAACAAACGCGAUACAAGAACCACCUGUGUCACCUCUGGGUGCUGGUCUACCUCUUCUCUCAAAGCUGAAAUUACUCAAGGAGAAAGAAGAGCAAGAAGAGAGAUGUAAUCUAAUGGAAACUCAAGUUCACGCGUCUGAACAACAGCUACCACCGGCUGAAGCACUUGUCCCAACUAAUCCUAAUUUAUCAUUCACACAAAGAGUACUCUUGUUAAAAGCUAAAAACGAACAAGAGGCAAAAGCUCAAGCGGAAAAGGAAGCCGCGAUGAAAGAGCCUUUAUUACCAAAGAACACAACUGUAACGGAAAAUGUUCAGGAAGAUUCGAAGGAGACACAACAAAAGGUUGUCGAUAAAACGUCGAUUUCAAAAGUGUCGUCUUUGGUGGAGAAACGACAGUUACAAUCUACGAAUAAUGUUGCGAUACCACCGAUAAUUCCAAAAGCUUCACCCUCAGUCGCAUCAAUCGAAAAUACAUCAAUGACUAACGACGUUGUUGUCUCAAAUGGUACUACCAAUGCUAAGAAACCAUGGGCCAUGCUCAAAGAUGCUUCCUUAACUACUACUACAACAACAACUUUUUUGAUGUCGUCUUCGACUAUAAAGGACAAUUCACCUCAAAGAAGGUCACCAAUUAAAAGACCGCAAACGAAACAACAACAAAGUCUUGCUCAUCUCAGACAACAAACCAAAAUGUAUGCUUCCGUCGACGAUCUGUCGCCAGAAUAUUGCGGCCUACCGUUCGUUAAGAAGCUCAAGAUACUGAACGAAAGGCAAAAGCUUGCCGAACUAGAGAAAGCAGUAAGAAGUUCUAGUUUAGACUGCGGUGAAAAUUCUGAUUUCACUACUUUCGAUGGAAGUCUCACUCGUAGCCAUUCUGAAGCCUGUGCGAUUGAAUACGCGAGGAAACUUGCUAAACUCAAUCAAAUACGGGGUCUAAAGAGUCCAUCUUCACCAGCGGAACAAUUAUCACCAGAAAACGAGACACUCGAAAGGCGAGACUUAAAGAGCAUCUUGAAGAAACUCUCAGCAAGUAGUAGAACAGGUAGUUCGGAUACUUCAGCAACGAGUAUACCUGAUCGUGAAGCUGCUACUGCCGAGUUAAGACGAUUAAUGAGAGCACCAACGAUCGAGGGUUAUGCUGCUAGGCAUACGAAAUUGUCGAAAAGUGUAACCUUCAAUAAAUAUACAUUACAAAGUCCACCGUCCGAGCAGAGCCCAGGAAAUUAUCCUCUCGGCGAUCAGUUGUCUGAAUCUCAAGAACAGACCUCGCUGCCACCGCCCAAUAAAAUUACUUUCCGUCCUCUGGGCAGUGGGGCUAUUCUGCAAAUGGAGACUAGGCAACGAGAAGAGGAAUAUCUUGGAGAAUUCGUAUCGAGUAUCAAAAAAAUUAUACAAGCACGUUUAGAGGAAAUUCAAAAUAAAUUCGAACGGGAAUUCGUCUCGUUGGAAUUAGAGAUUCGUAAACGAGAUGAAAUCAUUUCACAACUUCAAGGAAGAAUACAAGAAUUGGAAGAAAAUGAAAGAAGAAAAGGUGACGAAGCAAUAGUUGUUACUGGCGAUGACAGUACAGAACACGACGCUUCCCUCGAGGAAGAUUUAGACGAUGAUAACGAGGAAGAGGAUGACGACGAUAGGGAAGAUCAUCCUUUUAUGAGAGAUGGCUCGGUGGAUACUGUUUUAACAGCUCGUUCACGUGCUUAUGGACGACCUUCGCCAACGAGCGAAUCUUCGCACAACAGAAGAUCCUGGGAAGAACAUUCUGAGGAGGAAACUUUAGAGUUACAGGAAUUACCAAGAUCGAUAGUCCCACAAAGUUUGUGGAGAGACGAAGUUGCAAUAGAUUUGGAAUCCAACAGCGAAAGUAGCAAAUCCGAAGAUGAUGAGGGUGGUUGUCGAGAAGGUAGCGAUAGCGACGACGAAGAUACCAAAAGUGAAUGUGCCAAGGAUUGGGAAGCUACGAUGCUUGCUAAAGAGCUCGAGGCGAGACAGAGAAGUAGCGAAAAUGCUAGCCCAGGUUCCUAGCGCAUUAACGAGGUCCUAGAAGUAUUCUGUUAUUUAACGAAUACAAUGCGCACCGACGAUUGGAGAAGUGCAGCAGCUGGUAGUGCAACUUUCUGUGAAAACGAUUGUCCUUACUUGCAGUUAGACUUUGAUAGUUUGACUAGUCGUAGCGAGACUAUGAUGUAGCUCUCCUUGAUCGAGUUCAAGAUUGAAAAUAAUUCGCAUGUGAAAUGAGAGAGAAAGAGACAGACAGACAGACAGACAGAGAGAGAGAGAGGAGAAUUGCAGAAUAGUCGCUCGUUUUCUACAGAAAGGAUUCUAAUUUCUAAUGCGAAUCCAAAUGUACGUACAACUUUCGUGAACACACAAUGCCUUUUUCUUUUCUAUUUUCGAAUUCUGAAUUUAAAAAUGUUUACUUAUACAUGCUCUCUUUUUUUCUUUUUUUUUCUUUUUUUUUUCCUCUUCUUUUUCUUUGUUUUUUGAAUGAUCGUAAAAUGUCUCUUCUUUUUUUCUAUUUUGACUAAAGACUCGUUUUAAAAUUCUUCUCUUGCAAAUACAAAUAGUCACUUUCAAAUAUAUUACACGUAGCGAUUAUCGAAUGAUCAAACAAAAUUAUUGUCGGCUAAGGUUUACUUCAAAUCGUCACUCGUCAUUUCGACAAUUCUUUAAAAUAUUCGUCGCAUCGACUUCUUUGUCCUAUUAAUUCGUUAUUAUUAAUGUUAGUUAAAAAAAAUAUUUUAAUUUUAUUCGCAAAAUAUACUUUCUCACAUCUUUACCUUUGAGAAGAUAUUCGACAAUGUUUCCCAUGUUUAUCGAAUGAAACAAAAGCUAUCGGGUAAAUUUAUAAUUAUUAUUGUUUAAAUAUUUUUAUAGUAUCUUAAAUUUUAAUCAUCGAUACGAUUUAUUAAAUUAUAGUAAAAUAUACAAUAAAGUUACGAUGAAUUAUCUCAUAUAAAAAUAUU